AUGCCAAAGCGGACAUCUCAUCCAUCUCCAAGCACUAGUCCGAGCAAGAAGAAGAAGGGAGACUCCAACCAGCGUUCAUUGCAUACGUUCUUUGGCGCGCCUGUACCGUCCACAUCUUCGCACAGCGUUGCUCCUGGCCAACCUUCUCAUGCAUACCGUGUCUCUUUGCUAGGCCGUGGGUCAGAGAAAAUGGGAGGGCAUCAGCCAGAAGUCAUAGACCUUAUGGACUCUGAUGAAGACGAGGGUCUUCUUCCAGAUGAUACCGGCACUCGCUCGACGAUCGCUGGUUCAGUAACUUAUUCUACACCCGCCGCAAUCACUCAACAUACGCGAGACACAAUAUCGACCCAGUCGCAUAGCGAUCCGGAUGACUUUCCUGCUCUAUCACUGGAUCCCGCUCUUCUCGACAUCGCGACUUGCCCUUGGCGUUCCGGUACUCCGGCCCCUUAUUCAUUUCUUGCACAUUCGCUUUCGACACUAUCAAGUACAAAGUCCCGGAUCUCAAUCCUGAAUACAUUAACAAAUACACUUCGGCACCUGCUCAAACAUGACCCCAUGUCGGUUCUACCUGCUCUCUACUUGCUAUCGAAUGCUUUGUCUCCGCCCUACACGUCGGUGGAACUGGGAUUAGGACCAUCUGUUAUCUCGAAAGCCAUACAAGACGUGUCAGGCCUCACUCCAUCCGCUUUGAAGAAGUUGUACAAUUCGACCGGUGACGCCGGAGAUGUCGCGUUCGAGGCUAAAGCCAGAGUGCGAACGCUGAUACCACAUGCUCCCCUUUUGGUCACAUCGCUCUACACGUCCCUUCUGAAGAUCGCAAACGCAAAGGGAUCUGGCGCUACGAAGGUGAAACAGCAAAUCGUUGAGAAGCUGUUAGUGGCCGCCAAGGGAGAGGAAACCCGCUUUCUCGUCCGAACACUCGCGCAGCAUAUCCGAGUUGGAGCCGUAAGGACAUCGCUGCUCACCUCUCUCGCACGCGCCGCGGUCUUGACGCCUCCUACGGGUAGCAGCGAUCCCAACGCAAGCGACCAAUACUUUUUUGACCCUGCAAAGAUUCCCGCGGCGGCGCCCUCUGGGCCCGCGAAGAAAGCGCUGAGCGCCGAGCGCGAUGAACUGCUUGAAACGUUUGGAAGGGCCGAAGCAUUGAUGAAGCGCACAUUUGUGCAGCAUCCGAAUUACGAUCAUCUUGUCGCCGCUCUGUUGCAGGACGGGAUUGCUGGUCUUCAUAGAGUUCCAUUGACAGUUGGCAUCCCUCUGCACCCUACUCUCGGAUCUCCCAUGAGAUCGCUGGAGGACGUAUACGAGCGUGUCCAAGACAUCCCGUUUGUGGCCGAGUUUAAGUACGAUGGUCAACGUGCCCAGAUACACGCGUCCACGGACGAGAACGGCGGCGUCACAAUCAAGAUCUUCUCUCGACACCUGGAGGACAUGACGGACAAGUAUCCCGACGUUGUCGCACUAUUCCAGCAUGUUCUGCGCCAGAAUGAGGAGCUGAACUCCUUCAUCAUCGAUGCGGAGAUCGUCGCUAUCGACCCAAAGGACGGCUCAACACGCUCAUUCCAGGACUUAUCAAACCGUGCGCGCAAGGCUGUCCAGUUGCACGAAGUUCAAGUUCUCGUAGCAGUAUAUGCAUUUGACCUCAUGUAUCUCAAUGAGGAGAUCCUGCUUCAACAACCAUUCCGCCAACGGCGGGCCGCUCUUCACGGACAGUUCCCUCCCAUGAUCGUGGAUGUACCCGGGGUGGCACAGCUUCGGCACGUCGAGUCCUGUGAAAGUCGGGACGGCAAGGAAGCUAUCGAGGAGUUCUGGAUGCAUGCCGUGGAGGGCCGUUGCGAGGGACUCAUGAUCAAAGUAUUGGAUAACGGAAUAGUCAUUGAAGCCAGCGAGGAUAAGAAGGAGAAAGGCAAGCAGCGCAAGAAACCGCUCCCUGCCACCUAUGAACCAGACAAGCGCACAUCUGCGUGGCUGAAACUCAAGAAGGAUUAUGUUAUGACGCUGGGAGAUACGUUGGAUCUCGUACCUGUAGGCGGAUGGCACGGGAAUGGUAGGAAGGCACAAUGGUGGAGUCCGGUCUUACUCGCCCUGCGCGAUCCUGAAACAGGCGUCUUCGUUGCUGUCUGCAAGUGCAUGUCAGGCUUCUCUGACGCUUUCUACAAGAGCAUGAAGGCACGCUACUCGGAAGAAUCGGAUAAUUGCUCUUCGCGCCCACUCUGGGGUGACGUCGACACUGGCGGAUACCGACCAGCGGUCUAUUUCCGACCCCAUGAGGUGUGGGAGAUACGUGGCGCAGAUAUCACAUUGAGCCCCGUUUCCGUAGCGGCUCGUGGACUGGUAUCUGAAGAUCGUGGCCUAAGCCUACGCUUUCCGCGCUUCAUACGUACGCGAGAGGACAAACCACUCGAUGGCGCAAGUACGCCAGAUUUCCUUGCAUCCAUGUGGAGGAAGCAAGAGGCGAGAGGACCACAGAAGAAGGCGGCCGAUGACGGAGACUUGGUGGAUGCGGCGUUGUCGGACGAUGCUGCGAGCGAGGACGAAGCAUCGGGAUCCGAGAUUGUGUAA